ACGUUAUUUAGAAAAAGUCGAGAUUUUCCGUAGUAAAAUUAAGAAAACCCAUAGUUUUUCAACAGUAAAUACUUUUUGAAUUGACAAGUGAACGACAUAGAUCAUCAUGGCAGUUAACUUUUUCCGGAUGACUGGGAAUCGAUUUCAAAAGAAGAAUUGUCAUCUGCCAGAUCGAGGCUGGCAGGAUUCAUUGAAGCCGUUCCGGAUAAGGACAGGGAACUAAGAGAGCGAUUGGAAGCAUUAGAGAAAAUUAUGAUGUCCACUCAAAAUGGAAUACUUGGAUCACUAAGAUUGAUUGCUACGAUGGAACAAGGAGCCAAUAAGAUUGCAGCAAAAGAUGUCCUGGCCGAGUUCAGAAAGGCCCAUGAGCUUAUGCGCCAACGGCUCUUCAUUCUCACAAUUUGGCGCAAAUUCGACUAUGCCACUGCUGACAAAGUUGCCAGAAGAAAGGCUGGGGAAUACUUGGAUCCUGAUCUCGCUAAAGUCUUGGAGGAAAAAGACAAGAGGGAAAUAAAACGUGAACGGAAGAAAGAAAAGGACAGAUCACGUGGCCAAGGAAAACGUUUCAGAGGCAACCACUCAUAUCAGGUCGAUUUUGGAGCUGGACCUUCAAAUCCCAGGGGCUACCACGGGCACGGCGCUAACAAACCAGAUUUGAUACAAGUGCCCCUUUCGACAAAGAUCACACAGGACAAUAAUGUCACUGAACAGUCCAACAUUAACGACGAUCAUACAGAAUUUAUCCCUGGCUCAAUUCAUCAGGAAAAGGUUCGAGAAUUCUGGAUUAAAGAACUAAAAGCCGGCGACUGGGUUUUGAAUGUACUGGAAGAAGGUUACAUCAUUCCAUUCACGAAGGCUCCAGCUGCCUACGAAGAACCCAACAAUGCUUCAGCCAAUAAAGAUCCGGUUUUUGUCCACCAAGCAGUAACAGAACUUGCAACAUUGGGAAUCAUCCAGAAAACGAUCGCUUAUGGUCCAAAGCCAAUUCUGGCAAAAGAAUUAGCUGGAACUCUAGGAAAAAUGGUCUCAACAGAACCAGCACUAGGACCAGUAGUCAUUAUGGCGGCAAGAGCCGCUUACAUAGAACUAGAUGCGGCAGUACAAGGAAGAGGAUGGAGCACUUUUCUAGAAGAGAAGAUUUGGGCAAGUGAUGCCUCUGGAUUUGCCACAUGUGCUUACUCGAUCAAAGGAGAGAAACUUUACUAUAGAGGAUUGCUAAACGAGGACGAAAGAAGACUAUCAUCUGGUCAUAGAGAACUUCUCGCAGUGAGAAAAACCCUGGAAUAUUACCAACAUACAGGGGCGACCAACAACAAAGCCACCAACAUUUACUGGCUCACCGACAGCCAAAAUUUGACCACUUUCUUAACGAAAGGGUCGGGAAAGAGACAUAUUCAAAGGAAAUCUUCGAAGUCAUGGUCCUCUGCAAAAAACUUAGUUUGA